AGUGUACCGUCGGCGGCAGCGACAACGGUGGCGGCUAGCGACAUAUUCUGUAGCGAAGUGGCGAGGGGGAAGUCCCGUCUGGGAGAGGAGGUGCUAAUGUCGAGCUGUUGCUAGUACAGCGUGAAAACGAUGUACCGGUCAGUUCUAGGCCUAACGGAAGGGCGUCCACGUCGCUUUGCACGUUGACACCGUAGACGGCAUGCCACAAAAAGAGGAACAAGGGAACGAGCUGCCAGACCAAAUAGAUACAGCGCAGAAUAAAUAACUUCGUGCUAAUGAGGAAUGGUCUUACGCAGCCGCAGUGUAUCAUCUUGUUGCUGACACGUUAUCAGCCGGUUUCUCAGUGUUGUGUGUGUAUGUACGUGCGUAUGUUUGUGCACCUUUUGAUCCACAACUGUGUACAAAGGAGCUCCGCAGCAGAUACUGCAUACGUUCCGGAUGAUUGGCUCAAUGUGAAAGAGAAAGUGGAGAAAGGACACAUGUGCCUGUUUCUAAGCAAGAUUCGCUAUACAAACGUGUUGUUCGAGGAGACUGUACGCUAACAUUGAAUACGAACGCCUGCAUCUGAGGAUUUCUGUUGAUACAUGUGAUAAACAUACACUUCUAUAUUGCCGAACACGCACAAAUAUAAAGUGGGUGCGUGUAGAAAGAUCACGUGCACGUUGGAUAAAACUUUGCAUACUACUGGAUAUUACAAAGGAAACAAAGCAUCGCAGGCAGCGUAACCUGCCUCACCUUCGUUCAACAAUGACCUAAGCCACCACCCAAAGAGGACAACAUUUUAAUAUGACAUCGUCACGCAAAAACAACGUUGCCGGCAAAGCAGCUACCAGACAUCAACGAUAAUCAAACAUUUACGACGAAACGGAGGCGUAAAUUUGAUCGCAACACGGAGUUCCAUUGUUCCUCAACACGCGUGUAUAUAUAUAUAUAUACACGCGUGUAUAUAGAUAAGACAUACACAUAUGGAGUAGCAGCUAAUGGUAUCGCCGCUGCCAACGUGAUGCUAAGCGUAACGCUUGGCUCAUUCCAAAGGAUGGAAGAAUAUCGACAAGCCAAAUCAGGCCAGGCAAAGACGAUGGAAAACAACGCUGGUAAGGAAAAUGAAAGCGAUUACCAAUAGAGACCUCUCUCUAAUCAGAAAAGACGUCACUGCGCUUGUUGCUUUUCAUGCUCGCCCUGUAUUAUAUAUGGUAAGGGUCCGUCUCGCCUGACAACGUAGCUGUUACAAAAAGGUCAACGCUGCUAUAAGGCGUAUAUAUUUGUUUGCCGCUUAAUACGAUCACCGUUGUGCCAUCACCGGAUCCCGUAGCUAACGUGACUUCAUUGGGCUCGUUCACUGCGUUCUGCGCGACGCCACAACUGUAAGGGCUAAGGUCGACAGAAAAUGCGUACGAAGUGAAGUCGCGUUUGAGUGUCUACGUAUUGAGCGCUGAACCUCACGCCCAACAUCGAGGACAAUUUCGGCGUCCUUGAGAGACACUUUAAAUAUGACGCCCCGGUUAUCUAGCACCAUCGGCACCGCUGCCACUACCGUAUUCAUAUGCGUUUUCGUCCUUUUCCUGCAAACGGCACGGGUGGAUAGCCAACAACAUGUACGACCACAACAGUUUGCUAUUGAGCCAACAGCGCGUACGGCCAUUGUCGGCGACACCGUGGUGCUGGCGUGCCGUGUCACCGACAAAGCCGGAGCGCUUCAAUGGACUAAGGAUGGCUUCGGGUUAGGCACUAACCGCAAUUUGUCAGGAUUCCCACGUUAUCAGAUGGUGGGUAGUGAUGAUGAAGGCGACUAUUCGCUUCACAUUAGCCCAGUGGCACUCGAGGAUGACGCCAUGUACCAGUGCCAGGUUGGGGCGUACGAUGGCGUCAAGGGCAUUCGGUCGCGGACGGCGCAUUUCACUGUAUAUGCUCCUCCAAAACCACCGAAAAUAUUAAGAGGUACCGAUAUUACCCUCCGUGCCGGAGAAACCGUAAGCCUUACGUGCGAGUCGCUAGACGGAAAACCCGCCGCGGAGCUAGCGUGGCUUGACGGGGAUAACAAUGUUGUAAGCAAUGGACUCGAGUACAAAAAAUCGCCGUCGAAAAAUAACAAACGCGAGAACGCUGAAUUGACAUGGACGUUCGAGGCCACCAAGGAGCUCAACGGCCAGCGGCUUACCUGUCGCGCCGAGAACCCCGCUCUCAAACAGCCUCUCAUAACCGCUAUCAACGUAAGGGUUCAGUAUGCCCCGGAGAUCACACUGACAGUGAACAAGGAUGAGAUUCAUGAGCAAGACAGCGUCGAGUUACGUUGCAAAACGUCAGCCUUUCCAGAACCCUUGUCGAUACACUGGUACCGAAACGACGAACCUAUUAAAGCUGAUGACGGCCAAGAUGUGUUAGAGCUGACCAAGGUCUCUCGCAAAGCCAAUGGUGACAUGAUCUCAUGCGAAGUCCGUAACGCUGUCGGAGUAAAUCGUUCCACAGUGGCACUCAACGUUAUCUAUAAGCCGCAGUUCAAGACGAGUGAUAAGCCAGUGAUGGCGGUUCUUGGCACCGAAGUCGCGAUUAGCUGCGAUGUCGAUAGCAACCCUAAACCGGAAGUCGUGUGGACACGCCAGGGCUCGAAUGUGGUGCUAGGUAGACAACAGGUUUAUGUCAUACGCGAGAUGACGCCAAGCGACGUCGGGACGUACACUUGCCGCGCCACAGUUCCAAAAUUCCCGGAUAUUACCAACGAUUACCAUGUGUAUAUUAAGGGCGCUCCGCGAAUCAUCUCACCGCCGUUGCAGUAUGCUAGUGAGGGUGCAGAAGCACGCGUCGAGUGUCUCGUUCAGGCUGUUCCACCAGCAACUCGCGUGCAGUGGUUCAAGGACGGCGUACUCAUCGACACUGACAAGAUUCAGGGCUACCACAUUGCUCGUGAGCCGCUUCCAAGUGGCGAGCGUAAUCUGCUUGUAAUCGAGCGUGCUACCGCGAGCGACUUUGGCGAAUACAAUUGCACCGUACAAAAUACGUUUGGCGAGCAUUCAGCAACAAUCAGCGUCGAAUGCGACCGUAGGGCAGCCACGACACUCCUCAUGCUCGGCGCGACGGCAGCAGCAAUCUUCAUCGUACUAUUUGCAGUUACGAUGACCAUUUGUCUCCGGAAGAAGCCCCCGCCUCAAGAUUUCAAGGAAACCCCGGGUAAGCCUCUGUCAACCGGCGGGUUAGUAUCGGAUAAGGAUAACAAUUCGUCCGGUGGGGAGUCCGACAUGAAGGUCGAAAUCCGCACUGCGUCGUCACUGUCCAACAAUGAAAACAAUUCACCACAGCAUACUCCGCUAACCGCUAUGGAUAGCUCUUGGGAUAGUGGAGUUCCACCAGACGCCAGUACACUACCCCCAUAUAAAGCGUUCAACGACUACACAUGUUCGUCCUACCAGGCACAAACGAACAUACUCAGUAACAAACCUCCCGAGCCGCCUCAGCAGCAAAACAACGGAGGAUAUGGUGGCGGCAGUAGUGGUUGCGUUGCCAGUUCGGGCAUCGGUGGGGGUGUCGGUCUCGGCAUCAGCGGCAGCGGUGGACCGUGCGCCAUGAGCGAUUACAUGACGGCGAACAGCGACUACGGUGUGAUGUUGCCAUUGCAGUCUUUGCCACCGUUGUCACCGCAGACGUCGCCCGUCCACACCGUCCAUCCCCUAACCGUCCUUAACGGCGGUCUACGCAUUUCGCCUCAGCACUUGGCGAACGUUUCACCGCAUCAGCAGCACAGGCCAAAUGGUCAACAACAACAACAACAACAGCAGCAUCAUCGUCAGCACCAGCAGCCACCUUCGUCGCAGCAAUUGCCUUUAGCGCACCAUUUGCCCGUGAUGACCAACAACUCACUCUACGCUACGGGGGCUUUCAGUGCAGCACUCAUACUACCGCAGUAUCCACUGCAACCUAAUCCCAAUCAAGCCAGGUCUCUAUCGUUGAGCGAGUGCGGGAGUCUGCCGCGGCCGUGCAGUCAGUUGCGAAUGGCCACCGCCCAUGCAGGCAACCCAGCGACGCCAGCCACAGCGUACAUCUCAUCGACUCUGCCGUACAACCGUGUUGGAAAGGGUAGCCAACAGCAGCAUCCACCUCCCUCUCAACAACUGCAGCAACUACAACAGGCUGAGGGGCAGCAAUCCAAUCCUUCGCUAAGUCCAGUCGCACAAAGAAGGUAUAUAACAGCAACGGCCGGAGGCCGCGGCAGCGUAGGAUCCCAGUUCAAGUCUGCGCAACUCGCUACGCAUGUAUGAUAGUACAUUGUCCUCUGAGCGGGAUAGUUACGUUGCAUAAACGUCCCCCGAUCGAACACCCCGGACACCAUUCGUUAUGGUUGUCUCUUUUAGGCGGGAGCACUCGCCAGAGGUUAGACAUAAAAUGAAGGAAAUAAUCGACGAGAAACUAUGAGUGAGCGGUCAUACGAUAAAGAAUGUUUUCUCAUACACACCUCCUUUGCUGAAAAAAAAAGAUGUGAGUGCGUAAGGGAACAUUCACGUCAAAGAUGGUCAGGUCCUCCAUGUUGCUAGCAAUGUGUGGGUUAGAUGUUCGACGUCAAGUGGGAUUUUCUCGAUGUGGAAGAUUGAUAAAAGACAGACCGAGCUGCCGAGCUCAUGCUUCGAAUCAUGCUGCUGGUACGCUAACCUUAUAUAGCUGAUGCGUCAUUGCAAAAAGCGGUUUGACGCCUUCAGAUGGAUUCUUGGGUUAUUGAAUGUUCGUUCGUUCGUUCACCUACGACUACAUUACACUUUUCCAACAAGCACCCGUUAUUAUACCCGCCCAUAGCCGUGUUGCCAGUCAUUGGGUAAUAACUGUAUUUAUAUCCGGCCGACUCAAUUGUCUGUAUUACGUUUAACUUACGGUUGGCCUUCAGUCUUUUAUGCGGUUGCCUUUUCGCCUGUCGUAAAGUAUCACGCUUCGUCACGUGCGUAGUGUGUGAUUUUUUCGUUGCAUUUGUUGUUCAACUAACGGAAUCUCGGCGGAUAAAAAAAUAAUUAUCUGAGUUUCCCUGUUUUGCUCUUGCUUCUGCUGUGUCAGCAGUCGCAUUUCUUGUCAAUCCCUUUUAUAAAGAAGUGCAAUAAAUUAGCAGUCGAUAGAAAAAAGAGUAAGCAGGUAAUCUACGUAGUGAUAAGCCACUGUUUGAGGACACGUACAGUGUUUCUAUGGGAAGUAACAUAACGGUUGGGCGGCAGUAGCAGCAGGGAAAGCAACACCGGCAGAGCAAGUUUUGAGUAAUUGUACAUCAUUUGUGGUUGCGCGAGGAAUGGAAGCUAGAAAUUGAAGCUUGUAUGGCUUUGGGAAAUCAAACGAAAUCGAAUUAUAGCGAGCGAGAAGACUCGUACGUAACGGCGGGUCUUCGAAA